AAACAUUUACAGGAAACAGCUAGUCAUAGAAAAAUGCCAGUACCAGUAGGUCGAUAUCAACAAGGUCCAAGUUGUUGGGAUAGAGUUAAAAUGGGUUUUGCCAUAGGAUUUUGUGUUGGAAUGGCAUCAGGAGCAUUGUUUGGAGGAUUUUCAGCUCUUAGGUACGGACUUCGAGGAAGAGAACUGAUCCAAAAUAUGGGAAAAGUAAUGCUUCAGGGUGGAGGAACCUUUGGUAGUUUUAUGGCUAUUGGAACAGCCAUACGAUGUUAAUUAGUUACUAGUGCAAAUAAAAGUUAUUCCUGCCGUGACUAUUGUGAGAUCAUAAACAAAGUUGUACUCAUUUAUUGUGUUUAGAGUAAAGGAAGAAAAAGUUUGUAAAAAUAACUUACCAUUAUAAAAUUAGUGCAUGGAAUAAUUUUUCAAUUAGUAUUUUGUAAAAUUUUUAUUCAAAUUUAUGUAUAAAUAAAAUGUUUUUACAACUAAUUAAUUAACAGAAAUAAUUUAUUUUUGUUUAUAAUAAGCUAAUGUAUUUAUUCUCUUAAUGUUUGAAAAUUAUACAUUUCCCAUCAACUGUGGUAGCAUUAUAGAGCUCAGCCACACGUCUAAUGUUAAAAUGCCAACUUUGACCGUUAAUAUCACCAAGACUAAUGAACCAAUUUGGAUGAAAUUUAAAAUAUCUACUCUUCAUGAUGACCAGUAUGGACAUCUUAAAUUUUGAAUAAAUUUGUUGAACAUUUUUGUCUUAUGCAAUAGGUAUUUUGUCGCUUUUUUCGCCUAGAUUUACAACACCGUGCUUCCAAAGAAUCUAGGACUCUGCAUAGGCUUAAUGGCUUGGCUUCUCAGAAGGUCCACAAAAGAGUUAUUCACCUCUUUUGUGAACCUUCUGUAGGUUUUAUCUAAAAAUAUUGAGUAUUUAUAAAAUAAUAGCCCAUUUUUU